AUGCCAGUACAACGUGGUCUUACACAAGAAUGUCAGCAACAUUUUCAAACAACUAAUCUUUAUGAGAUAUUUUCUAUUCAUCGAACAGCUACUGAUGCUCAAGUGAAAAAAGCUUAUCGUCAAUUAGCUCUUCGUUAUCAUCCAGAUCGAACAGAUAUUGAUCAAAAAGAAGAAGCCAAAACGAAAUUUCAAAUUAUUGGUAAAAUUUAUGCAAUUCUUUCUGAUGAUGAAAAACGAAAAAUUUACGAUGAUACCGGUGCCAUGGAUGAUGAUGAUUUAACUAUGGGUAUUAAUGAUUGGUAUGAUUAUUGUAAAAAAAUGUUUCGAAAAGUUACAAAAAAUGAUCUUGUUGAAUUUGAAAAUAAAUAUAAAGGUUCGGAUGAAGAAAAAAAUGAUUUAAAACGAAUCUAUCUUGAAGUAGCUGGUGAUAUGGAUCAAAUAUUUGAACGACAUCUUCUAACAUGUCUUGAAGAUGAAGAUCGUUUACGUUCAAUGAUUGAUCAAAUGAUUGAAGAUAAUGAAGUACCACCUUUUGAUGCUUAUACUAAAGAAACAAAAGCUAAAAGAAAUAAACGACAUAAAAAAUUAACAAAAGAAGCAGCCGAAGCUGAAAAAUUAAUGAAAGAACUUAAUAUUGGUAAUGAUGAUGCAAGUCUUGAACGUGCUAUACAAAUGCGUCAACAACAAAGAGCUAGUUCAAGUUUUUAUGAUCAACUUUUAGAAAAAUAUGGUUCAAAAACAAAUAAUGGAAAUAAAAAACGUGGUUCAAGUUCAUUAAAUAAUAAUAAAUCGAAGAAGACCUCUAUUAAUCAUCAUGGAAAACGUGCAGCAAAAACUGAUGAUGAAGAAGAUGAUGAAGAAGAAGACAAUGAUGUUGAUACUAGUGAAACAUUAACUGAUGAUGAAGAUCAACAACCAAAACGAAAAACAUCAUCAAAAAAACAUGGAACAACAAUGAAAAAAACUCGACGUACUACAACUAGUAAUAAAAAACGCAAGAUAUCAUAUUAG